ACCGGAGCAACUCAAACUUACAGAGCCACCGACGACGACGAGCCUCACCAAAAGCAUACACGGCAACUGAACACAAAGCCGGGCGGCCAUUUGAGCUUUUCGUGCCAAAUGCAUAGCUCGGUUGACGACGACUACGACCGCGACGAAAUGUUUGACGAAGUCCUUGCCAUCCUUCGACCCAAGCCGAGGAAGCCGCCGAAGCGAUUUCGCUUGUCGCCAUUUCGGCUCAUUGAAGCGGCCAAAAUCGAAGAGGAGACACUGAAACGCUGUGUGGAGGACCUGUACACGACGGCCAGUCCGUUUCAAAUGCGCGAUUACCUCAAGCUUCGAUGCAAACAAACCCGGGAAAUCAUUCGCAAACUCCAAUGCGAGGACUUUCCCGCCAACUUGUGGCAACUUCCCCCCGAACUCGAGGGUGCCAUGGAUGCCAGUGAAGACACGUGGAGCGCCCACCAAAUUCACGUUCAAAUGCAAGUCGACUUGGAUCGACUUGGCCACGCCUUCCACAAGUGUGGUUUGGCCCAUGGACACCCCCAGCGCUUCACGCACAUGACGUGCAAGCCAUUCUCAAACUGCUUCGAGUUCAUCUAUGCCUACAGCUUCGUCGAAAACACUCUCGCCUCGACGUAUGCGCAAGUGUACUGGGACACAUUCACGCUGAAUAUGCCUCUGCUCCUGCCCGGCUGUCAAGCGCAGUUGGUCGAGUAUGUCGAUUCGAACACGGUGCAUCUUGCAGUGCAGCGUGGGGGCCACAACGACUCGCGCUACAUCCUUAAGAGAUUCCACGUGACACCGACCCGCAUCGUCUUCAUCACGCGAUCCUUCAAGAAUGGAGCCCAAGGCCACGCUGCAGACGACGCGACCGACGUCACGUGGUGCGUUGUCGAUGCCUGGGACUUUUCAACGUCGUUCGUGACGACUUGUGCCGAAGUGACCGUGCCGUGGCGACCCGAUGGUCGGUCAGGUGGUCCAUCCAUCGAGUUGAAGGACGUCAUGAUGGGUCACCUCAUGACUGGCAAAGACAUGCUGGUUCAUCAUGUCAGCAAAUGCUUGCCGCCGCCUCCUGUGGCCAACAGCAUCCCUGCCAUGCUCAAAUAUUCAUGUUUAUGAUACGCAAAUUUCGUUCGUGGAUGGUCCUGCGCGGUUGUGGAAUCGCUCCUGCAGCAGCCUUCGAUGGAAUAUCGACAUGAUGGCCUCGAUAUCCACACGACGACCUGUGAAGGAUCGAUUGCCAUGGGUUGUUGCCCAUCCCGACCUUUCACAACUUCUUGUCAAGAAAAUUACCGCGAGCCGCGAGCUAACCAAUGCUGAGCUGCGCGCAACUACUGCCUACAACAUGCGGUCGUCACGUUGCGGAAACCACGACCUGGCCCUCCCAGUCUUUAUCGUCAAUCCAGCUCUUAAGCAUACGCAUUAAACCAGGUGGACUGUGUUGGC